CAAUUUGAAAGAAAAAAAAAGUAAAAUAAAAGAAAUUCCCCCCACGCUAACGCUAUAUAUAGAAGUGCCGUGUGAAACAGAGUUCGAUGUGAAUUGCGGAUAUCUUUUUUUCCUUCUACAGAAAAAAUCCCAAAUUACCAAAUUUCAGCUCAAGAAACUGAUUUUUACAAAAAAAUAAUAGCCAUGGAUUGGGUAAGAGGUGAAGCAAUAGGCCAUGGAAGCUUCGGCAAAGUCAGUUUUGCAGUAACCAGAAAACAGAGCACUCAGGUUAUGGUGGUCAAAUCUUCUUCAGCUUCUCGCUCUGCUACUCUGAUGAACGAGAAGCUAAUUUUGGAUGAGAUUAAAGGUUGCCCACAAAUCAUCAAUUGCCUUGGUGACAGCUAUACCUACGAAAAUGGCGAAAAAUUGUACAAUGUCUUACUGGAGUAUGCCCCUGGAGGUGCUCUGUCGGAAAAGCUCAAGAAUUCCGGUGAUCGUAAGUUGCCGGAGAUUGAAAUCAGGAAAUACGCCAAGGACUUAUUGAAAGGGCUACACUAUAUCCACAAGUGUGGCUAUAUUCACUGCGAUAUUAAACCUCAGAACAUUCUUCUUGGCGAAAACGGUCAAGUCAAAAUCGCUGAUUUUGGGUUGGCAAAGAGAGACGAAUCAAUAAAAGAUGAUAAAUUAAGAUGUGAAUUGAGGGGUACCCCACUGUACAUGCCGCCGGAAAUGGUUACCGCAGGCGAACAGAGCACUCCCGCCGAUAUUUGGGCACUGGGGUGUGUGAUUGCUGAGAUGGCAGCAGGAGUUCCAGUUUGGGGAUACUCAGAUUUAACCGAACUAUUGAUGAAAAUUGGAGUUGGUGAUGAGUUGCCUGAAUUUCCGACGAAGUUAUCGGAAGAAGGAAAAGAUUUUCUACAAAAAUGCUUCGUGAAGAACCCAAAAAAGAGAUGGACGGCUGAGAUGCUUCUAAAACAUCCCUUUGUUGCGGAUCAAGGUGACACUGUUGCAUUGAAUGGCGAAAGAUGCUACAGUGGCACCCCUUCAACAUCUCCUAGGUGCCCAUUUGAUUUCCCAGAUUGGGUAUCUGAUGACUCUGCUGAAUCAUCCGUAACAAGUCCAAUUACAUCUCUGCCCUCGCCGGCAAUUCAAGAAUUGCUGAAUUUGAACGGCGGGUCAUGGUCCACAACGCCGGCUGAAAGGCUGCGCGUACUGUUAAGUGGAGAGAUCAGACCUGAAUCUGACUGGUCGGUUGAUGAUGGUUGGGUCAGCGUUAGAUGAUGUCAAACAUUUAAUAAUGUUUAGAGGAGCUUGAGAAACAGUCAGCUUUACAGAGUUCUGCAGAUUUUUUUUCCUAGCAGCUCUGUUUUUUUUUAUUAAGCUAAUAUCUUUUGUACAUAAAUGAAAGUUCAUUGUAUAUAAAACAGAAUGCAAUUAUGAUAUGAAUUCUUCAUGAAACAAGAG